AUGGAGGAGCAAUUUGAGAAUGUAAGUUUUUCGCUGAAAUUUUCGAAAAUGAGAGAAAAUCUGAAAUUUCAGACUCCCGCGGCUUUAUCCCUCUUGAAAUGCGGAAAAUGUGAUCGCCUAUUUUUCACCGAAAGAUCGCUUCGCAGUCAUUCGAAGGUGCAUGUGGAGAAGACCAUGGAAUGUCGAUUUUGUGAGCUGAAAUUCAAUCGGAUCGAUAUUUUGAGCGCGCACUUGCAGAUGCAUUUUUUCACCGAUUUGUAGGUUUUCUUGAGCCAAAUUGUUAGCUUUUGGUUAACUUUCAAUGAAAAUUUCCACUUUUCCAGAACCUUCUUCGCAUGCACCAUCGAUUCCUGCGAUUUCUCUUCCGAUUGCGUCAAAUCAUUCGAAAAACACAUGACUUUGUCGCAUAGCGUUGAGCAAUUGAAAUGUGAAGAUUGUGACGGGGAAUUCAUAAAUCAUCGUAAAUUUUUCACCCAUAAAAUAUUGUGUCAUGGAGAGUUGAAGGAUUAUUGGAAAGAGAUGAUUGAGUCGAAGAAGACUAGGAAAAGAAAAAUAAAUCAUAAUGAAGAAGAAGAAGAGGCUGAAGCUGAGCAAGAGCAAGAGUUCCCGGAAAGUCUACGCAACGUUUUGACCCCUUCAAAUUCCGAAACAUCUUCAGAAAUGCUCCAAAAAAUAUCGGAAUUCUUAUCAACACUAUUCCCCUUGGAAAAUGGCGAGACAUUCUAUAAAUGUGCUCAUUGUGCAAUUGGAUUUCAAGAUGCGAUUCUAUGGAUGAAUCAUCUGCAAUUUCACGAUCAAAUGGAGCCGAUGAAAUGUGCAUCUUGUGAAAGAAUUUUCGAAAAUCGACAAGCUUUUGUGAUUCAUUUAACUUAUUUUCAACAUGAUCGCUUUUCUGGCGGGGUUUAG